GGUGACGAGUGGUAAUAUUUGAGAAGUUUUACAAAGGAAUACAAAGAAUGAUAAAAGGAAAAACAAAGGAUCCUUAAAUUCCUCACACGCUGCUUGGUUACUCUGCUCUAAGUUGUAGGGACAUUUGUUUGGCUGCUGGCGAGGUGUAGUGAAGGUUCUGGCUUGUCUGAGGUGAGAGGAGUGCCUGUGCGUACGUGGAGAUUAAUUAAUGAGCUCUCUGUGUCGCCUCGUCCUCUCUGGCACAAGGAAGCUUAACCCUUUCACUGCGAUACGAAACAAUUAAUCAACAGGAACAGAAGUGACGCGGAAUCUCUUUAUAAGCAUCUACAAGAUUGGAGGUGGCUGUGGAAAAAAGUAAGGAUGUCUCAGUCAUUAGUAGUUGAAGAAGGAUCUACCAAACAGCAGUCAAAGGGUUGAUAUAUAUGCAGGCCUUUAAAAAUGUAGAUAAAUAAAUCAAAUAAUAAAUGUAUGGCUCAAAUAUUGCUCUGAAUUCAUGUGGUAUUCUUGAGCCUUCCCUUCCAGCUGUUAUUUUCCCUUCAGGUAGUCUGGGAAGCGGGAAGGCAGCGAGGGAGCGGCCCGGCGUAAGGAAGGGAUGAUAGAGGUGUCUGUGGCGGUGGUGGUGGUGGUGGUGGUAACGGUCGCUAUCCGGCGGUGUGUGGCACGCAGGGGGCGGGGUGCCAGGCCACGUGGAGGACUUAUAGUGAUGGCACGGGCGGCAGCGGUUAGUGUGGCGCGGUGGGCGUGUGUGUGACUCCACCUCACUCUUGCAGGCGCGGCGAUCAUGGAGUGUGUGUGCUCGCAGCCUUCCUCCCUGGGCGCCAUGUCCGGGGCGCGCCGCUACUUCGUGUUCCUGGUGGCCAUGGCGGAGACGAUGCUGUGGUCCGGCACGAUCUUCGGCUGGGCGUCCCUUGUGCACGUCCUCAAGGUGCAGGGCGUGUACUCCAACCUGUGUCCGGACCACGCCCACACGCCCGCCCACAACACCACGACCCACACUCCUCUCAGCCACAACAAGACAGGCGUGGUGUGUGGGGCGCAGGAUGACAGGAUGGCGCUGCUUUACACGGUGGCCUGCGUCGUGUAUUCCACCCCUGGUAUCUUCAUCGGCUACUCCCUGCACCACUUCGGCCUGGCCUUCACGAGGGUCAUGGGCGGCCUCAUGGUGUCCUGCGGCUUUAUCCUGCUAUCCCUCACCACGGCAGCCACGCCGGACUACCUGUGGGGCGCGACAAUCCUGCUGUCAGUGGGUGGCAAUACCAUCAGGAUGUCUGGACUGCAGUUCGGCAAUCUGUUUCCCGAAGGGCGCAACACAGCCAUGGCCAUCAUCAGCGGGGUCUUCACUCCUUCUGCGGGGAUUAUGACCCUCCUGCAGACGAUGUACGAGAACGGGAUGGACUGGAGCUACAUCUGCUGGGUGUUCGCUGCCGCCUCCUCGCUGGUGGUGGUGGCGACGCCCUUCAUCCCGCGCCACCACAUCCCCGUCUCCAUGCAGCCCGUGAGCAAGGAAGAUCCGGACGAGAAGAAGGAGGAGGGGGAUGAGGUCAGCCUAAGGAGGAGCAUUUUCUCGCUGUCCUCGCUGCUGCACGCCUACUGGGUCUUCAUCAACCUGCUCGGCGUGACGCUCUUCAACACUCACUUCAACACCUGGAUCAACAGAUUUGCCACCACGGACGACGAAGUGGGUCUGUACUCUCGCCUCUUCGGUCUGGCCAACAUCCUGUGUGUGCUGGUCACGCCCCUGCCUGGCAUCACUAUGGAUCUCCUCACACGCAGGUUCCAGAAAGGUAAGAGCGGCAUGUUGGCCCACCUGGCGUCCUUACAAGCCAUGAUACUACCUAUGCUCUUCGUCACCAUGAGCGUCACCAUCCAGACUACCAUGCUCCUCUUCCGCUCCCCCUGGGCCGUCUACAUAGGCCUACUGUGUCUCAUGCUCAAUAGGCCUUCCUGUCUUGCCGUCGGGAACCCCUUCGUCAGAGCGCGGUUCCCCGCUGACCACUUCAACAGACUGAUCGGAAUUCAAAGCACCGUCCUUUCCUUGUUUACCUUCAUCCAGUACCCGCACUUCACCUGGGCCCAGCACGCCUACUACACGACAUUUGGCCUCACUGUGGCAGCCAUCGCUCUCAGUUUUAGCCAUCCACUUCACCUUCUUAGCAAAUCCUACCUCAAACGUGCCUUGCCGCCUGCACCUGUUGAAGUAUAGUGCAGGUGUGUAGGUGUGUAAGUGUGUGUGUAUAUGUAUGUGUGUGUGUAUGGUGAAAGGUAUAUUAUUAUGCAUAUUUUUUAUACUCAGGUCAAUACAAGUAUGUGUAGAAUUUAUGUAUAAGUAUUUUAGUAAUUUUUUUUUUUCUCUCGUCCUUAGGUUUACGAAUUUAUGUAUCCGUUAUUUUUGUAAGCGGUUGAUACAAACGUAGACUCGGGAACAACAAAGGGGGGAGAGGGAAACGGGUUUUUUUUUUUUUUAUUAGUGUUCCCUUGAGAUAUACGCGCAUAGAAAAUGGGAAAUAAAUAUGUGUAAAAAUAUAA